AUGAGCCACAAGGACCUCAGCCACAAGGACCUCAGCCACAAGGACCUCAGCCACAAGGACCUCAGCCACAAGGACCUCAGCCACAAGGACCUCAGCCACAAGGACCUCAGCCACAAGGACCUCAGCCACAAGGACCUCAGCCACAAGGACCUCAGCCACAAGGACCUCAGCCACAGGGGCCUCAGCCACAGGGGCCUCAGCCACAGGGGCCUCUCUGCAUGGGUGACACUACACACUGUUUCUCACUCAACCUUUGACCUUCAUUGA